UGCACUUAACAAAUAUUUGCAUUCUACUGGAUCCAUCUAUCUAUGUAAAGGCUUAAUCAGUCUUACUAAAAUGUUUCUGAUGAUCGGUUUGCUCGUAACUGCGACAGUACUCACCGCCGCUGCACUCAUCUACAAAUUGAAAUAUAAAUAUUUGAUCGAUGUGACAAGAGACAUACCAUCAGCACCCGCAUUACCCAUUCUAGGGCAUGCACACUACUUUAUCAAUAAGCCAGCGCAUGCCAUCGAAGAAACAUUUCGUGAAUUCUUUAACAUUUAUGGCAAUACGACAAAGGUGUGGUUGGGCCCUGAACUAUAUAUUUUGUUCUCUGAUGUAAAGGAUAUAGAAGCGGUUUUGAGUUCAAUGGUAUUAAUUGAAAAGGCGGACGUGUAUAAAGCGUUGGAGCCAUGGCUACAGGAAGGUUUACUCGUGAGUCGUGGACGCAAGUGGCACAAGCGUCGAAAGGUUAUAACACCGGCAUUUCAUUUUAAAGUCUUGGAACAUUUUAUUGAAGGGUUCGAGCGUGAAUCGCGUGUUUUGGUGGCCAAUUUGGAGCGCGAGCGGCAAAUACAAGGCAGUAAAGGAAUCAAUUUCGAUAUUUGGAUGAAUUUGUACACGCUAGAUACGAUUUGUGAAACUGCCAUGGGCGUGUCAGUGCAUGCGCAAACCCACACCGAUUCGGAGUAUGUGCAAGCGGUAAAAACCAUCUCCACCGUCACGCAUAAGCGCAUGUUCGACAUCAUCUAUCGCUUUGAUUUCACUUAUCAGUUCACCGCACUGGCACGCGAAGAGAAACGAGCAUUGGCCGUCCUGCAUGGCUUCACCGAGCGCAUUAUCAUGCAACGACGCGAAGAGUUGCUGCGUGCGCAAAACGAUGUUGGUGUUGCCGACGUCGGUGCCGAUAACGACAACGAUGUGGGUGUGAAAGGCAAACAAGCAUUUCUCGAUAUACUACUGCACUCGCUGAUCGAUGGCAAGCCAUUGAGUAAUUUGGAUAUACGCGAAGAGGUGGACACAUUCAUGUUCGAGGGACACGACACCACCUCUUCGGCAAUAAUUUUUUUCUUCUACAACAUAGCGACCUAUCCGGAAUGUCAGAGGAAAUGUUUCGCAGAGAUUGUAGACGUUUUUGGCAAGGAUAAAACUAAGCCUGUAACCCAUGAGGCGCUUAAUAGGUUAAACUAUGUGGAAUUGUGCAUUAAGGAGACGUUGCGUAUGUUCCCCUCAGUGCCGCUUUUGGGACGUAAAGUCACGAAGGAAUGUGAAAUAAAUGGUAAAAUUAUACCCGCUGGUGCUAAUAUCGGUAUUUCGCCACUUUACCUGGGACGUAAGGAGAAUAUCUUUCCCGAAGCGAACACGUUUAAACCAGAACGAUUUGAUACUUCAAACGAUUCAAAGAAAAUUAAUCCCUACAGCUUUAUACCAUUCUCGGCUGGUCCGCGUAACUGCAUCGGUCAACGCUUCGCCAUAUUGGAGGUGAAGAGCGUUGUGGCAAAUGUACUGCGUCAUUUUGAAGUCGAGUAUGAAAGCGGAAAUGAGCCGAUACUUCUUGCCGAGUUGAUAUUGCGCAACAAAGAUCCAUUGAUGUUCAGACUAAAGCCAAGAGAAUAUUAACUAUAGAGGAAGAUAGAGUGGGAGGGGAAGAAAUGCAACCUAGGCGUACACAAAUGCUUUGCAUCCUUUAUUGGACAUAACAUCGAUACAUCAAUUUUCACUGAAUCCAGACACACAGCCAUAAUUAAAUUCACUGAUAGGCUCGUCACAAUGGGUCCGUUUCGUCCGUUACGGCAACGAAUUUGACUAACAUUUUGCUGUCAUGGGUGGGCCAUGUAAAAUUUGCUUUUUGAAUCGGCUAUAAAAAAAAACUAAUCAAUAGUUUUUCAAACUUUUUUUUAUUUUGAAGACUGAACAUUGUCAUUUAUGAAUGAAAAAUAAUAUCGUUCAAAUGACUGCCACGACUGGCUUUACAGUAGGCCAUUCGAUCAACCCAAUUUUUAAGCACAUUUUCGAUUGUUUGGGCUCCAAUUUUAUGAAUGGCAACUUCGAUUUCGUCUCUGGAUGGUUCGCAUAGCAUUUGUCCUUAACGGCUCCCCACAAAAAAUAGUCCAACAGGCUUAAAUCACAGCUCCGAGGCGGCCAAUUGAUAUCGGAAUUUCGGCUGAUUAUUCGGUUUUCAAAAACGCUAGCCAAAAGUUCGAACGUAACUUUGGCAGUGUGACAAGUUGCACCGUCCUGUUGAAACCAAAGGUCGUCCAUGUCAUCCUCUUCAAUUUUUGGAAACAACUCGUUGAGCAUGUCACGGUAACGCCCGCCAUUUACUGUAACCGCGGCUCCUCGCUCAUUUUCGAAAAAAAUGGCCUGAUGAUGCCGCCAGACCAAAAACCGCACCAAACAGUGACUCGUUGUGGAUGCAUUUGCUUCUCUACAGUAACGUAUGGUUUUUCUGAGCCCCAAAUCCGACAAUUUUGCUUAUUGACGUAGCCACCGAUGUGAAAAUCAGAAAAGAAGAAGACGACUCACCACUUUGGAAAUAGGUUUUCAAUAUUUCCCAAUUUUGUUCAAGCGUGUAGCGUCCCAUUUCGUAAAUGUCAAACCUUUAAGUACAUAAUGAACAAAUUUGACAUGCCAUUUGUGUUACCAUUCUCAAAAAAAUAGUUGGUUCAAAAAGCAAACGCUAUAUGGCCCACCCUGUAGAUUGUGUGUAUUUGAGUCGAAGCCCCACAUGCAUACAUCAUAUCACUCAAGCUGCCGCAUUGUCUAGUCGAACACGACAAAUUCGCAACAGCAAACGCUUAAUAGAACCGAGAUAAAACACAGCAUUAACCUUUUGGCUCACUUCCAUGUAACGCAAUGAAGAUUUCGGCACUUUUUAUGAAUUCACGCACAGGCCGUUAUGAUUGUAGUCUUGCUGAACUUCUGUGCCUCCUUUGAAUCGUGUAAGCCACUCAAAAGUAGAGGAACGAGAUAAAAACUCAUCACCAUAAACUGUUUGAUGCAUCUCGGACGCCAUUUUACCGAGCUUAAAAUAGAAAUUAAUACUGGUUCUUUGUUCAAAAUUAAUUUUCCGGUCGAUGCUUCAAAAGUACUGUCACAUUACACGCAAUAAAUCAGCUUCUAUCAAACUCAAUGCUUUUUUGAAACAGCAUCCGUGAUGGAUGUAGCUUCAUGCGUUCAAAUCUAAAAGAAUGUGCUACUGGUUACUGAGAUAUGAAGGCAGCCUGGGAACUUUUGUGGCAGACCUUGUAUGCAAAUAAGUAAAUUCUGCAGAGAUUACUGAAGAUAUUUUCCUUUGCCAAUAACAAUUUCAGCAAUUCAUAUACAUAAAUAUUUUCCCUCGAAUAAACAUAUUUCUGCGAGAUCUGCGUAAGCACAAAGGAAUGUUAAAAUCUUACGAGCGCGCUUACCACAUUUCCAUCCGAACAAAUUCAUUUACACUCCCAUCGUAGUAAAUUCCAAAAAAUAAAUAUAUACAUAUACAUACAUAUGUAGUAGAAUAUGUAUAAGUACAUAUGUAUGUAUACGAGUAUGUAUGUAGCGCCGCCGUCUGUAUGUAUAAGUGCAUAGUAUGUAUGUAUGUACGUGCAAUCAAUUCCUCCACUAUGCCAUUGAUGGAAAAAUUGCUACAUUUGUUUUUUGCUAUAAAUUUUCCAUGACCUCCAAUAAAAAACGUAAGAAUAUGCUGAGCUCAAACACUAAACAAGCCAUUUGCGAAAGUAACUACAAACAUAAAAUUCAAUGAUUUCCAUUUUACAUUAUUCACAAGUAAACUAGUAUGAGUGUGGGCGAAAUGUCUAACAAUAAUUAUUAGGAAAAUGAUUUGAUUUGAAAUAGAGUAAAGUUCCAAAAAUAACUUCAAAUAGCUGAGAAUAGUCUAAAAAUAAUAGCAGUGUUCUUCGUCAUCAACCGUUUGUGAUGUCACUCGGCGUUCACCUACACAUAAACAUACCUACGUACAAAUAUACUCUAUAUAAAUAAGAUUUUGCACACCUGCCCAGGGGUUUAAUGCGUGUAAACAAGCAAGUUCAGUGAGUGAAAAUGUUCUACAUUCUAAUUCAUCUACUCGUAUUUAUUUGCAUGUAUGUAGGUAUACGUGCACAUUUCCGAUCACGGCAAUUCCCGGUCAAGAUCAGUGCCAAUAUCAUCACCGGCAACGUCAUGCGCCAUCAAAAGACAAUUGAAGCAAAUAACGUUGGCAUUCCAUUGCGAUGCAUUGUUCGCAUUAGCGGAUACAAGAUGAUCACCAUUGGUAAUACAUACUUACGUGCAUACGAGUACAUACACACAAAUGACGGUGUGAUGAGCGCUCAACCGUUAUGCAUACAUAUACAUACACAAGGUGGCGCAAAAUUAAUUCACCAUUAAUCGUCCAAUUUUGUUUUUGAAUAACUUUAUAAACUAAAAAUCCUGCUUCCAUUCCAGUUCAUUGACAUUUUGAAAUCAUAUCAAAUAACUACUUCAAAGUACAGCAAAAACGGGAGUAAUCGGAAAUGGGGGAAAUAUCGGCCAUAGAUUGAAGAGGCUCGGACUGAUACAGUACUUAUUCCGUGCAAAGUAGCCACAUUUGCUGACGAUACUUGUAUUUUAUAGCCAGACAUACGGCGGCGCUAAUCGGGGGUACCGGCGCGGUAAAUUCUGAUUAAAAUUGUAGUGUGGCAGACGUUUGUUAAGCGGAUUAGUGAACAGCUGAUUUGUUUAUUGGAUAGUUUUGUCAGUAAAAAAUGGAUCGCAGGCAACAAAUACGGGUAUUAGCUGCCCUGAUACUAAAAAGUAAUUGUGUAUAAUAACUAUUUAUUUUAAAAAAAUCGUAUAUUGCUUUUUCUCAAACUGCUCCACAAUAUCAUUUCUUUUUGCCCGCCGUAAAUGAUUUGCGCGUUCUCCCCAGUUGGUUAUGAGCGCCUGCUUGCCAUCUAAAAUUGGAAAAAGGAAUUCUUAAAGUUAAAAAUAAAACGAAAAUGCAAUAAAAUACUUCCCCUUUGUGUUCAUCACAAUGCAUUAUUUUCAGAAUUUUAAUAGUGCAACGAUUGUUUUCAGUCUUUCUUGUUCUUCUCUUUAAAAGCUUUAUUACUUUACAUUCACAAUAGAUAUUUGCUGUCAUUUUUCGACAAUGUUGCCAUCAAAAAUUCGCUUAAUCCGCUUAAAUUAUGAGAUUUAAGUAUAGUUUUCAAUCUGCAUUAGUUGUACUUAAUUCCUGAGAUAAUUCCGAAUGAAAUUGUUAGUCCUGAUUUGAACUUGAAUUUUGUUAGUUGAAAAUUAUUUAUUAGUUUUUAACUAAGUGUAAUGUUGGGGACGCUAAUUAUACUUGUGGCAUUUCAAUAAAAAAAAUAAAAAUAAAAUGAUUUUUAAUUGAUGGAA